GAGUGUGUGUAGGAAUAACAAAAGUACAAGAAAAUACAAAUAUCGAACACAAUGGAAACAAUAACGUGCGAAGCGAUUGGAAAUGCGCUACAGACGCGGCCACAGUAGCAUUCGCAGUCGCCGUCGCAGUAGCAGCAGCAGCAGCUACUACGGCCCGGUCAGCGUCCGGCGUGUCAGUCAGUGGCAGCAGAAGCAGCCGGUUAGCCAGCGUGCCAACAACAAGUCGCAGAUAGAAUAUACAAAUCGAUACGAAUUAUCGAAAGAUCGUGUCGUGCUGUAAAUUUUGUUUCAUACAUACAAAUAUAGUGCAUAUAUAUCUAUUUGAUUUAAUUGAAAUGCAGUUGCAGCAAUCACAGCACAUGUGCAGCUGAAAAUAAGUAAUAAAUUGCUUUAAUAAAAAAAAGACAUUAACAAUAACAAGCAGAAUAAAAGCAGCAAAAGCUGCGGCAAAGUGCAUUGUGCUAAUUAUGCGGGCGCACGGGGCGUAUGUGUGUUGAAAGCGCAGCUAAAGUGCAAUACAAAAGUCAAAGCAAAGAAGGCAACAGCCGACACACGGACGACUUGUUGCCGGGAAAAACAAGCGGAAAAUUGAGUUAUUAUCGUCGUGGAAAAGUCGCGCAGCAUGUGAAGAAUGUGUCUGUGACGAAGUGUCAACGUUUACGAAUUAUCAAUUCUUCACGCUUGAAAUGUGAUUUGCACCCGUCGCCCGCGCUCUCUCUCUCUGUCUCUCUUUCGUCAUGUGUAUGUGUGCGUGAGUGUGUAUUAGUGUCUACUAAUUGAAAUAAUGUCAUGCAUUGGCUCGACGGCAUUUCUUUGGAUGACAAUUUAAUUAGCGGACGGGCGAGCGGCAGCAACGGGGACAACAGCGACAACAAUCAGCGGAAAUCAACGCAAAGCUCAUCGCCAACGAAAGCAAAACGAAGACGUCAUGCACACUAUAAGCUAAAUAGCAGAUUGGACAGAAAGUCAUCACGUGGCAUGAUAUACGAAAAUGAGGAGCUCAGAUUGCGCACAAUCAACAUAAAUGCGGAAGUCGAGCGAGGUCAAUCGGAUAUCAAGCGUUUGCGUCGCGAAAAUGAGCACCUGCGACGUGAGAUUUGGUCGCUGCGCGAUGAAUGCGAUCGGCUGAAUAAGCGCUUUAAGGCGAAACUGAGCGAGCACGAGUACGGCGGAUGUCGCGGCAGCGGGGGCAGCGGACGUCGCUGCAGCGGCGGUGGCAGAGGCAGCGCAGGUUGUGAUGGAAACAGUGAUGACUCCGAAUCAUGUGAUACGUGUCGCUGCGAUGAUGAUGGCCACUGCAGCGACGAGUGCUGUCAGGAGCGAGGUGGUUCCUGUGUACCAAUCAAACAGCCGCUGCCACCGGAGGAGCCCCAAGCUCAGCCUGUUGAAAACAAUGCGUCUACAAAAUCGGAUAACCAGCCCAUGCACUUUGACCAUCUGUCUGUGGUGUCGGAGGAGACGCUUAGCAAUCCGGAAAUGCUGCAGGCCCAGCUGCCGGAGCAUCUAACGAUAUGCACACCCGAUCUCAAUGGCUCGCAGAGCACGCUGCCCAGCUUGGUCGGCCCCCUGACACCCCUAACACCCAUCGAGCUGGUAGCCAAUCAGCUAAACGAUUUGCAGGCAAUGGUGCCGCCGCUUUCGUACUUUGAGAACAUCCUAACCCAUCAUCAGGGCCCGAAUACGGUGCUAACGCCCACACCUGAGCUGGGCACCAACUCGAGCACCACAACCGGCAAGACCAUGAAGCAUACGAAUGGUUGGGACUACAAUUUGCAAUCGCCCUUCUCACAGCGCAAAUAUUCGAACACGUCGUCGCCGUCGAGGUCACCACCACCCGUACCGCUGACAACCUUUGUGCCCACAUCCACGCUGCAAGCGAUGCCCAAGAUAGCGCUGAAUGUGCCAACCACGAACGGAGCUGGCGGUAUUAUAGAGACCGUAGCCAUAACGACAAACGCCACGCAACAAGCGCUCAAUAGCCCCAAGCACUUCUUUGCUCCCAUUAAGCCGCGCCUCAAGCUCAACACGGAGCUUGCCAAUCGGGGACAGGAUGUACUGCCACCGGGCUCGCCACCACCGCCCCUCCAGCCGGAGGCGGCACCUCCGAUUCGUGAUCCCCCAGAUAUAUUUGUCAACAAUGCGCUGGCGACACCAUACCAGCGGCCCGGCCCGCGGCUCUCGCCACAAGUAAGUCCGCGGCAUCGCGCGCGCUCGCAUUGCCAGCUGCACCACCAACCGUGCCACCAGCACCGCCAGCGCCACGGCCAGCAGCCGCCCACACCUCAACUCAAACUCCCCCAGCAGCCGCCGCAUCAGCAUUGCGCGCUACAUCGGGCGGUCGUGAAUGUGGCCGCUGCCGUUGGCUUGGGCGUUGGCGGUGGUGAGGCGAACGCCUGUGGCGGCAGCGUGGUUGAUAUUUAUACUGCUGCGCUAGCUGCUGCUGCUUCGGCCGCUGCCAAAUCGGCUUCAGCGCCGCCCUCUCCGCUGCCCCUGACCCGUUGCGUAACACCGGUCUACGCAACCGCACAAAAGGGCUGCCACAGUAGCUGCAUCUCGGCCAAUGCCCUGACCCAGCCCCUGAUGACAGUCACAACAAAUACCACAAAAACAACCACAUCGCCGCUGCGUCAGACCUUAAAGCUAACCGCUUCUGCAGCCAGCUGCCAGCCAAUCGCCGCGUUGUCCACAUCGAGCAUCGUUGAUAUUGGCAGUCAGACGGAUUCCGUGAAUUUGGAGUCUCUGCUUAAUGACAUACAGACCAUUUCGGGCGACAUUCUGGCCAUACAGCUGGAGAAGAGUAAGUCGCGCGAUAAUCUCAUAGCCAAUAACAAUGACAAGGAGAGGAGUAAGCCCUAUCGCUCUGAGAUGAAUCUCUAUUUGCAAUAUGACGGCACAAAUCCAACAGCUUCGACUGCUACCACCAGCACGGCAACAACUACUGUGGCUGCCGGCAACACCUCCGAUUCAAAUGGCAGCCAUAAGUUGUCCAGUCGCACCCGGUCACUGGAGCGAGAGCACACGGAUAGUCCGGCGCCCCAUAUGCCCGAUCCUAUGACUCCGUUUCCAGAGAAAUGCAGUUAUCUGGGCUUCGAACAGCUCAACCAGGCAGCCAGCAUGCCACAGUCACCGUCAGGCCAAAAGCCACCCCUGGCCGUUAAGCCCAGUUUACCUGCCAAACCGCCACCGCCAUUGCCGCCGGCACGCCGUCCACCGCCUGUGACCAUGCCCACGGAGCCACCACCACCGCCGCCAGUCGGACUCUCGCCAAAUAAAAGCCACCUGUACAAAUCGCUGGCAACGGCGGCAGCUAAAAGAGCCAUCUUUCGGUCUGCGCCAACGCAGCUGACCCGAUCCCUGGACGUGGAGUGCACAAGCGGUGAGCCAGCUGACACUGGGACAGCCAACGAGGAGGAGGAUGCGGCCAAGCGUAAGGCUCGGCGUGUUUCCAUAGUCUGCGGCGAGGAGCAGCCGCUGGCAAAUGGCGGAUUGGAGACUGCUGCAGGCGAAGUACCCACAGCGACGGCCAGCUGUGGUGACCUUACCAGCGCCACGAGCGGCGUACUCAUGCAUCCCAACAUUAAGGCCUUCCGGCAGAUAAGCCACAGCACGCCCAGUUCCCCACAUUCCUUGCGCCGUUGCAUCAACAGCAAUACAAUGACAGCCGGGCCUGCGGAGGCGGUAACUACAGCGUCCGCACCGCCCAGCACCACACACCACCAUCAUCACAGAAAGGAGAGCAGCGAUCCGGUACCCAUGACGGCCACGGUCAGUCGCACAAAGUGCUCACGCCGACACUCGGAGGGCACCGUGCACAGUGGGCAUCGCAUAAGCGGCUCGAGCGGGGGUGGUGCUGGUGGUAAUGGUGGGCAUCAUCAUCACCAUACGCACCACCAUCAGCACAGCAGCCUGAUCAGCAGCAAUCCGCAUCACAGCCACCAUUCCCACCAGGACAGCAACCACGAGACGGUUACCUCCCAAUCCGAUCGCAACUCGAAUAGCUUUGGCUCCUCCCGCGAGUCCUCGACCAGCUUCAGCAUGCGUUCUAACCGCCGCAAGAUUUCGAUCAGCUCCCACACGGGCGGCAAGAUACCCUGGUGCGGCUGCUGGGGCAACGGAUGUCUCUAGAUUCUAGACUUACGACUAUGUUUAGAUAUGCAUUACAGAGGCCUUGAGAAGAUUGGUCGACAGUAGCUCGUGUGCCGUCCUCUUAACCAAAUGGAAAUCAUAUUUUUAGACCCAACAGACAUGCUGUAUAUGGAUUAGCUAGUCUCAAAAUUAAUGAAGUGAACCCCUUUGAACCCGAAUUCAUUUAACAAGCAUUUUCAAAUUAUCUUCAAGUACAAAAAAAGAAAAAGGAAAGAAUUAAAUAUGAAAACACAAUUGAUGCGGUUCAGUUCUAGGUUAACGCAUAAAGAUUAAUAUUUUAAUGUAGCCCAAUUAAUAAAUUCCGUUCCGUUUCAACUUGUUUGCAAUUAAUUAAGUUCAUAAUUAUAUACGAUUGUACAUAAUCUGUCAGACGAGUAUUUCAAUUGUAUGUAG